CCCUCAAGAACCUUUGGUGUUUAUGCUAAACCUCUGUGAUGUGGGUCUAGAACUCUAGUCUAGAAUGUGCACUUUCAAUGCCCAGAUGCCUGAGGCUGCAAUGCACUUCUGAUGAUUUGGGUCAUCUUCUUUGUCUGAGGAAACUUACUGCACCAUGGUUGAAGUCCAGCUCAACUUCCUAAGUUUUCCCAUCCUUGCCUUUGUGUGUUGGGUGGGGCUCCUUCUUCUGUCACUGUGCUACCUAAAGGGGAACUCAAGUUUCUCAAUAUUUUGGAAACAGGGAGACAUCGAUCAGCAUCAGGGCAGAACCAGGAGGAGAAGGAAAGGCGGCACACUGGCAGGUUGGAGAACUUGCCAGAGCGAAGCAGAGGAGGCAAGAAAGGAGCUUUAUCUUCUGCAAAGGCCCCUGGGCCAGCAUGAUGAUACCACCCGCUUUCGUCAGCUGUUAUGUCCAGACCCCUUCUGUGAGGUGUGUAAUAACGCAACUGCUGAGGUCAAUCGGCUGCUGUUCCCGGAGGCCCUGGAAGACGCUACUUCCUCUGUGUUUCCUUUGGCUUCCACAGCUCCUGUGACUGAGUCAUCGUUUACUCUGUCCCAGGCCUUCUCAGCAGCUCCUCCAGGAAACCUACCACCAGCCUCUCUGCCGGAGCCUCCCUCGCUGCCCACCUCUAUUCUCUCUCCUAGCCCAACGACCCCCUUAACUGACUUUUUUUUACCCUCACCAAUGGGCCACUCUCUGGCCUCAGAGCCUUUUUCUUCCUUGGAUUCCAAAUUCCCAGUGGAUUAUUCCCCACCCCAAACCUUUGCUUUCCCCCACCUCCUACCACAUGACACUCAGACAGCAGACCCUGUUGUUCCACCAGAGGCCACAUUGUUUCUGGAUACCAUUUCCUCUCUUGACCCCACCCUUUCCCAAGAUAUCAAGCCCUUAUCAGAUUUGUCCCAGGCAAUGAAUCCCACUGAUUCUUUUGCUUGUCCUCAUGCACCACUGACCCUAUUUGUUUCACCACAGCCAGACUGCACUUUACCUGUGACUCAACCUAAAUCAAUUUCCACUUUACUGAAGCCUGUUCUGGAGAAGUCAUCUCCAGAUAGCCCUAGUGAGUUGUCCACUUGUGUUUCAACAAUCAGAGGCACUGAACAGUCAAGCCUGUCAGUUUCAGACUUCUCUUUGUGGCAAACUCAGGCCAUGAACAUGCUCCUCCCAGCAUUACCACACUCUGAUUUUCAGCGAGAGCAUGUUUCUCUCCAUCCACAAGACACUUAUCUCUGGGGAGACUCUGUUACCAAGCACAAGGAAGCCAAUAGCCAUUCUUUCUCUGGCUUUAACAUCCGUGGACUCUUGGAGAGACAAAUAAAAAACAGAAUAGCUUUCCAGAGUUUAGAGAAGAAAGAAAAGGAGGAGGGACCAUUUUUAAAACAAAUGUGGUCAGAAUACCAACGGACAUCUUCAGGGAGUUUGUUGCAGUCACUUAAUGUGCAGAAAACUACAGCCCCCCAAACUGGCUGGAACAGUGAAAGCAAACCAGAGAAGCUCCACAUUUGCCAGCAGCUCUUAUAUGUCACGACUUUGGGGGGAAACUUGCAGCAGAAAUAUCAGCUCUUCUGGGGUCUUCCCUCUUUGCACAGUGAGUCCCUAGCGGCUACUCUUCUGGUUUCUAGCAGGAGCUCCCCUCUAGAGUCUCACUUUGUCUUAUUCAAUGGAAUCUGUAAUGCUUCUGCAGUCAAAACGCGGGGUCAAGAAUCUCCACCACUUCUUCAUUCCCGUCCCCGUCUCCUUCCCCAUGGAUAUCCACCACAACCCUCGUCUCAAACUAAGCCACAAUCCCAGUCUCUACCUUUCACUCAGGUCCAGCCCCAGGCCCACCUUCAAUCCCAACUCCCAAUCCUAUCAUCUUCUUCUCCAUCCCAGAUUAGGGACUGUGGAGUGUCUUUCCACAGAUUCCAGAAUGAGUCCGACUUUCAUACUGUGACUGAAAAUCAACAUCUGGAGUGGCAUGUGUUACAGAAGCAACAGGAAAGUUUGUGGGGUUUAGUUCCUGUGCUCCAAAAACCUCAAGAAGCCACUUGUUCUCAAGCUCAUAACGUCCCAUUGGUCAAUCAGCCAUCCCAUGCCUAUGUCCCAGUCUCCAUCCUUCCUGGCCAUUGUCAUAUCAUCAGCGAACCCCAGAAGAAACUGGAGCUCCAUGUUCCAAGGAGGCUAAUUCCACGCUGGUACCUCCAAGCCUGCAGGAAUCUAGAGUCUCUAGCACUGAUGGGACCUCAAUACAAAUUAGCAGAAGUACCUCAGCAGAGAGGCAGGCAUGUUCAGUUACAACUCUCCGAGCUUCAGGGCCAGGGUAGCAACAAUAUAGAGAAGACUGAAUUGGGUCUCCCAGGAAAUUUCCAAGAGAGGGUCUCAACAAAGUUUCAGCUAAGGGAUGACAUGAGGAAGAAUCUUGGCUAUAUCCUUGAGAAGAGCCCAGAAGACAGCCCACAAGAUGUCUCAGAAUGUUACCUAGUGCAGGGUCUGAGGGCUGCCUUGGAGACAAAAACUAACUGUGUGGGUCACUCAAGGAAUCACUCAAGGAAUGAAUUAUUAAAUGUCUCAAGAAAGGACACAGAUUGGAAUCAAAUAAAAACCAUUCUUAGAUUACAUGUGAGCACGAAAUCUUGGCAGAUUAGUGCGGGUAGGAUUCCUACAGGUGUGUGUCGUUCAUGGCUGGCUGAUGACAAUACUUUGCUUCCUUCUGCAAGCUCCCAAACCAAUGUGGAAGACCCACAUUCAAAAAACACAACUGUAGGUAAAGUAUGCCACCAGAUUAGCACUCCAGAGGUUUCUUUUCUUGAUCACAAUACCUUAAAGGUGCUAGAAGCCCAUAUUUUAAGGUUUCGUGUGACUCAGAGAUGGGGCCUACCCCUCAAAGUUGUUGAAUCCAUAAAAUUCUAUAUGUUGAGAGAAGCCACAACAUGGCCUCUUCCUCAAUUUGACUUUCCCUCCUCAACCACCCAUAUUUCUGGGGUAGACUCCAAAGAUGGGCUUUCCAAGCCCCUUGAAGAAAGAUCUAAAACUUCUCAGGGAAAUAAGGUGAGAACCACAAAUUCAAACUCCAUGCUGGAUCAUCCUUUCCCUGUUAUGUCAUCUGUGGGCCAAGAAGGACAGAGGGCCCCACAACCAUCACACUCUGCUACCUACCAAAAGCUUGCAGAGGGCAUUCAGACAAUUGAGCGUGGCAGACAGACUUUUCAGCCUGUCACACACAGAAACAAAGACAAAGUCAGUCAGAAUGAGACUCUCUUGGACAACAGAUGCAGCCCAGGGGUGCCCGUAAGGCAAGCUGGGUACAAACCUGAGCCAAGGGAUGAGACUGGGAACUUCAGUAAUAGAGUAGAAACGAUUCAGGGCCAAAAGACAGUGAGGAAGAAUUCAGAACAUUCCACAAUGUUCAGUGUGUCCAGGGAGAUAUUCAGGGCCAAGGAGCUUCAGGCUCUUGAAUCACAAUCCUGUAACAUCUUGACAACCAGCAAAUUGAGAAGUUCCCAAAUGAAAAAGGUCAAAAUGAAUAAAGUAGAAACUACCCUGACUACUCAAUGUCCCUCACCAAAAAUAUCUGCUCCCCGAGAUUCUGAAAUAUCAGACUUUCAAAAAGAGAUCCUUACUGAGUUAAAGUUUAAGUUCAAGAAUAAGGAGCAUAGCCAGGCUGACCACUGUCCCACAGACAUGCCCCUGACUUCAAGUAGGUUGCCUUCCAAGUCUUCACUGACUCUUGCCCAGAGUGUCUCCACUGGGGACAUGGCAGCUUCCCAGAUGCUACACAUCCACUCGGAGGACAGUGGGACCAGCAUGGAGCAGAGGCAGGAUCCCUCUAAGCAUGCACCAUCGAAGUGCCAGGAUAAUAACUUCCCACCUGCUGCAGAGAGAGCGCCUUUGGGCUCCAAAGCAGGAGAAUACAGAAGUGAAGAUUCAGGAGCAGGGAUGUCUACAGACAGAAGGAAGAGCCACCUUGUUGAGGAAAGAGAAUUAAAGGACACUUCCUCAUCUCUGUCACAGAAUGAGCAGCUUCCUCCUGAAAGUUACUUCAGAAAAAAGAUGAGGCGAUUUUUUCAGUGGAUUGAUUUCAUGAGAAAAAUCAAAGACCAGGAAAGUCCCCAACAAAAAGCCAAAUUCAUGUCAACCUUUGCACAGCACCAAGACUCAAUUGAAAGUGCAGCUCUCUUUGUGAGUCAUGGGCCCCUUGAAGCUCAUGAGCUCAUGAGAGCCAUUGGGAAGAUCCUAGAAGAGAAGCUGGCAUGUAGGUUUGAAUCUGAGACUUUGGGAUUAAGUCAGCACAAGAAGGAACUACAGACCCAGGUAGAGUCUGGUAAGGGACAUCCCUCCAACUAUGUUGCUCUCCCUGACUUACGGCAAGAGGAAUGGGUAAGUCCCAAGUCCUCAAACCAAGAAGCUGCUUAUGCUGAUCAGAGUUGUCUUACAAGUGUCAGACAGAACAGAGAUGGGGUCAGACAUCCCCAGAAAGAUGUGGCCUUUGAGGAUCAGGUAUUAUGUCAGAAUCAACCCUCUUCCCUGUCCUCCAGGGAGUUGGUAAGCCACCCAAGCCCCACCUGUGUGCAUCAAGAAUGCCAGAUACCUCCAGCCUCCCUCACUCCUGAAGAAGACACUGUGUUCAGAGAUCUGACUCUUCUAUUCAAACAGAAAUCACUUCUCCAGCAUUUCCAGGGAGAAGAAAUUUCUCCAAAGAACUCUUUCAGUCACUGAGAAAACCUUGCAGUUUUCAUGAUAACACAUCCUCAGAUGAAAACAACCUUCCUUUAGUAAAUCAAGAAUAUUGAUCUUCCUCAAUAAAUGUUUCUUCUAAUAGAGAAA